AUGGCAUCUCUUUUGUAUUAUGGUCCCCCUGUAACUUCUCACAGAACUAGAUUCUGGGAAAGUAUGACAUCAUAUGUACAAAAUUUCAAUGGUUGUAAAUGUUUUAUCGGGGAUUUUAAUGCAAUUUGUUCUAGUACUGAAAAUUUUGGAGGAUUGCCAGUCUUAAACUCAAAUAUUUCAUACAUUAGCAAUUUCAUUCAUCAAAAUCAUUUGAUUGAUUUGGGUUACAAGGGUCAUGCAUACACCUGGACUAAUGGACGUUCUAUGGAAAAUUUUAUCAGACAACGUCUGGAUAGAGUACUUGAUAAUCCAGAAUGGUGUAUUGCCUUUCAUAAUGCAGCUAAUAUCGCAACUGCUCCUCCUGAUUAUAAAUUGGAAGCACUUUGGUUAUCUCAUCCUGAAUUCAUGGAUAUAGUUAGAGAAUGUUGGUCAGUGGAUGAAGAUGAGAAUAUUCUGUCAAAACUUCGAAAACUGGGUGGUUUUCUAACAGAAUGGAUCCGAAGAAGAAUUGGGUGUAUAAAGCAAAAAAUAUUAAUCCUGAAAACAAGGUUACUGAGAAUUCAGUCUUGGCGUCCCACUGCGGCUAAUAUUCAGAGAGAAAAAAUAGUUCUGGCUGAACUAAAUGAUUACCUUAUCAUGGAGGCAACAUAUUGGGAUCAGAGAAUGAAACAACAAUGGGCGAAAGAUGGAGAUCGAAACACUAAACACUUUCACUUCUCUGUUCAAAAUCGAAGACGGAAAAACACAAUCAGCCAUUUACUGGUUGAUAAUCAAGGUUGGAUUACUGAUCAGAAAGAUAUUACUAGUGUUCUUAUUCAUCACUUUCAGUCCUUAUUUCAAGAGCAGAGUAGGCCAGAAUCUCAAAACUUCUCUCUGCAAUGUCAAUCCACAUUCACAAUAGACAAUGAUGCUUUAUGUAGAAUUCCAACUAUGGCAGAAAUCUGGACGGUUAUUUCAAAAAUGGGUUCUUUUACCUCCCCGGGUCCUGAUGGUUUUUCGCCGGUUUUUAUAAGAAAUGUUGGCCAAUAG